CUUACCCAAUAGCAAAAUUAAAACAAGGAGCGGGAGACGGAGUGAAGGGCUGAAGGCGUGAAGCCAAGGGGAGGGGGCGAGGGGGGAGGGGCGAACAGGGAACUGCGAUUCUGGAUUUCUGUUAAAGACGAAGUGCGAAAGGCCGAAGGGCGCAACCAAGUAGCCAGCGACUGAGUGAAACGAGCGACGAGCCAAAUCAGCCGACGAAUCUCCGUCUCCUUCCCAUCCGCAAUUGACGAGCAGACUGAGCGAGACCUGCGGCUGGGGACUGCGGUUCUUCACUCGUUUUCUUCUUCUCAUCAGCAAAUCGACGACUCCACUACUCCAGAAAGGAAGGUUGUUAUUGCAGGAGUUCUUCAUACAUGCUCUGUAAUUGCUUGGGGUUCUUCAUACAUGCUCUGUAAUAGUUUGAUCCUCAUCUGAGUUUGCUUGCGAGAGCUUGUGUUUCUGCAUUUGAUUGUGAUAUAUCUCCCUCAUCCACUCAGCCAUAGUUGAAAUUAAAUUGGUAUUGUGGAUUGUGUUCUUAUUAUUGAAUUCUAGUUUAGCUCUCUGUGAUGGAAACCUCUGCUGAAGAAGAGUUGUCUGCAUUUGAAGCGAAAGUGAAACGGACCGUGUAUAUUGACAACCUCUCACCACUGGUUAACGAAUCAGUCCUUAGGUCUGCCUUUGGCCAGUUUGGGAAUGUCACGGGGGUUCAGUUUAUUCCCAAUUACUUGGAACCAAAUGAAACCUCAAAAGCUGCUUUGAUUGAGAUGGAAAAUGCUAGGCAGGCCGAAGGGAUAAUAUCUGACAUCUCUAAUUCCCCUUUUAUGGUAUCUGGGAUGCCAAGACCUGUCAGGGCACUCCCUUCAGAAGCUUUGAUGUUUGAUGAGCGCCCGAGAAGACCGGGAAGGAAAAUACACUGCCGUUGGUUGGAAUCCGAUGAUCCUAAAUAUAAGGUGGCCGAGAAGCUUGUACAGUUGACCAGGAGACAUGCUGCAGAGGCCUCUUUCCUCCGCACGUGUCAAGAGCAAGAGGAUAAAGAGCUUGCAAGCCAGCAAGCAGAGGCAUUGAAGUCCAACUACAAGAAGUAUGAGCUGAUUGACAAUGUUUUUGCUGACAAAACCGUCCAUAGGCUGGGAGAUCGAUACCAUGUCCGUGUCUCAGAUGCUUGAAGACUUGUUCCCAUCCCAUUCUGCAAGCUUGGGCAUCUUAUUCAAAUGAUGUUUUUGUUUGUGAGCGCAUGUAUUUAGUGAUCUUUUAUCGUGAUCAUAUUUUGGUUGCAUGCUCUUUGUAGUUACUACGCGCUUAUGCAGUAUCUUAGUUUACUACAAUAGCAACUCUGAUCCACAAAUCAUUCAAGGCGAGUGGCAGGAUUAAAAGGAUAUUAUGGCAUAGACCUUUGGAUGCAUGUUUAAAAUUAUCAGCUUAGGAUGUUUUUACUUAAAAUUAAUUUUUUGUUCUAGUUCUGAAAUUAAUUCAAGUAAAAACAUCCUUAUACUACUUUCCUUUGUGACUUAAGAUCCCCAUUAAAAAAUAACACUAUUCUUUGGC